GAGCGAGCGAGCCCCUACCUUUCCCAGCUACUCCGCACGGAGAGGCGGGGAGGCCGGUGCUGAGCCUUUCCACCCAGGGAGCAGCCGCCAAGGACUUUGGGGGUGUUUGCUUUUUUUUUUUUUUUGCUCUUUUUUUUAAAAAAGAGCCAAGUUGAAAUUCGCAUCCUCCUCGCUCCUGCGAAAGAGUCUUUCCCGCGGCUGCCCCCAUCCCCGCUUGGAGCAGCCGCUCGGAGGAGGAGGGGAUUAAGUUUGUGUGUGUGUGUGUGUGUGUCAUUUUAAGGUGGAUCUCAGGCAGCAAGAGCCCCGGAGAGAGAGAGAGAGAGGAGGCGAUCGAUAAAGGGAGAGAUGCAGCGCUGAGAGGAGAAGGCGGCGGCGGCUGCUGCAAGCUGGGGGGCUUUGCUCCCUGUGGAUAUUUGGAGCCAAGGCAGAGGAAGAAAACAUAAUCAUCACUGAAAAUUUGCAGAUGACAUACAGAUUGGGGGAGUGGUAAAUAAUGAAGAGAACAGACUGCUAAUACAGAAUGAUCAGGAUUACUUGGUUCUUUGUUCCUAUUGCUGGCCUCCAUCUAAGGCUUUAUAGAAGAGAAGGCUAUCUUCUUCACCCAUUCUUGUCAUCUUCCUCCACCGCUUCUUCUCUAGAAGAUGUUUCCAGAGGUCUGUUAACUUUCAGUGCAGCCUUUUGAUCACGCUUCAAUCUCGAUCCUGCGAAGAGAAACGUGGAGAAGAGGGGAAGAGAGGUGCAGUUCAGACUUGCACCCCAGAUCUCUUCAAAAAAAAAAAGAAGAAGAAGAAGAAAAAAAGAGGCCAAUACUAAGCAUCUUUGUAAGAGAAAGGAACAGAGUCCACCUUCCACAGAGAGAAAUAUGCAAGCAGCAGGGAGCCAGACGGGAUCCUAGAAAUAGCAGCAGGAAGCCAAAGAGGUUUAUAGUGCCGUUAUGCACUCAGACUCCUGUGAAUUUUCCUGAGUUCUUGGAGGACUGCUUUGCUUUUUGAAUCAGAAAGUUACAAAAUACAGUAAAGAAUGGCACUUGUGGAUAAACACAAAGUCAAACGACAGCGAUUGGACAGAAUUUGUGAAGAAGUCAAUUGUUUCAUUCCAAUGCCGAUUCCAAGUAAGCAUACAAAUAUCGGCCGUUCUCAGAGCUGGGAUGCUGCAGGAUGGUAUGAAGGCAACUGGGAGAAUGAAAAUGCAUUUGAAUAUCAGAGACCAACAGGGAGAAGAAAUUCGCUGACUUACGGUGGAGAAGGAGGUUGGUAUGAGCAGCCAAACCAUAGACUGCAUGAUAUCAUCUUGCAAGGAGGCGCUGAAUUGAAGCAAGAGCCGUACCCAUAUCAGCAUCCAGUUUUUAACCAGGGUCCCUUACGGAAGGGUUCUGUUCCUGACUUCACUUACUACGACAGACAGGCUGCAACGUCUGGACGAAGCUCCUUGCCAUCUCAGGAUUAUUACAGUGACCCAUCUUUAGCCGCUAGAUCACCUAAAGAUCCACACUACUAUAGAGACCACAUGAUUAAUAGAUCAUUACCGAAUUAUGGGAUUCCCGGUAGCAGAUUGGCUUGGGAUCAGGUACAAGGACGGUCACCUGCCCCACACGAAGCCAGCCGUAUGUAUAGGGAUCCCAUGAGUAAAAUGAUCCAAGAGGGGCAGAGAAUGCGAAACCGAGAUCCUUCUCCUGCAAGGUAUGGUGUUGAACCGCCCACCCCUAGAUAUGGAACAGAACCACCAUCUUUUCCCAACAGGCAGGUCUAUAGUGAUACAGCAGAGAGACCUAUAGAGUCUGCAGCUGCUAGACAAACUACUCCAACGUGCUUGGUGGUUGAUCCGAAUUCUGCUACUGUUGUUGAUGGGAGCAUAGGUCCAUCUGCCGUUGCUGUAAAUCGUGGUUAUGGACCCAUCAGGGAAAAUGUCAAUGCAAAGAUUUCUUAUGAUAGUUAUGAAACUGCCAUGACUCCUUCCCAUUCUCAGGUGCCCACAGCUUUCGCAGGACAAGAAAUUAAAAGAAACUUUGAUCCGGAGUUCCUAGCACUUCUGCGUUCAGAAGGCGUGUCUGAAAGUACAUUCAAUGCUUUGCUGCAGCAAGGCUUUGAUUCUCCAAGCCUGCUCGCGAUGAUGGAAGAGAAUGAUAUAAAAUCUGUAGCUCCAAAUCUUGGACAGGCAAGGGUGCUUUCCCGCAUUGCCCAUAACUACAAAACAGAGAUGCAGCUACAAAGGCAUGAUGGGAAGAACAGCACACUCCGUCCCAGGACCAGAUCUAACAGCUUUAGUCAUCGAAGUGAACUGCUGCAGAAUGCAUAUGGCAUGCACCCUGCCUCUGGUCCCGGUGUAGAUGGCACAACUAUGCAGCAAGCACCUCCUCCUUCUCUACAGCCAGUAUCACCAAGAGUUGGAGAAAUAAAUCGUCGCCCAUCCAGUGCCCCGACACAGCACCUUCUGGAAACUGCAACUUAUUCUGCAUCUGGAGCAGCUCAUCAAGGUGCUCAUUUUCUAGCUAAUUCUGGCUACAACGCUCCUUUACCAUGCAACAUGCACACUCGUCCAGUGUCUGCCUAUUCCACUCCAACUGGAUUACCAGGGACUACAGCACAGACUAACCCACAUGCAAAUCCCAAAACAGCAUAUCCAACUACUUACACAGUGCCCAUGGAGCUGCUGAAGAGGGACCGAAAUACAUCAAUGUCCCCAGUGCAUAGCCCACACAGCAGUCCUCAACUUCUCCGAAAGCAAGGAGCCCAAAUGGAUUCCACCCUGGUGCUUGCUGGCCCAAGUUUUCACAUGCAACAUUCUCCUUAUCAGAAACUCACCAGACGCACUGGACCACCAGUUAUUGUCUCAACCAUGGCAUCACCUGAACCAAGUAUUCGCCCACAAAUAAUGAAUGGCCCUAUGCAUCCUCGUCCUUUGGUGGCUUUGUUAGAUGGAAGGGACUGUACAGUGGAGAUGCCAAUUUUGAAAGACUUGGCUACUGUUGCAUUCUGUGAUGCACAAUCAACUCAGGAGAUUCACGAGAAGGUAUUAAAUGAAGCCGUUGGGGCAAUGAUGUACCACACUAUCACCCUCACCCGAGAAGAUCUAGAGAAGUUCAAGGCCUUAAGGGUCAUCGUUCGAAUAGGUAGUGGAUAUGACAACAUCGAUAUCAAAGCUGCAGGGGAGCUCGGGAUUGCUGUCUGCAAUAUCCCGUCAGCAGCUGUGGAAGAGACUGCAGAUUCCACCAUAUGCCAUGUCCUAAACCUCUACAGGCGGAACACUUGGCUGUAUCAAGCACUGAGGGAAGGGACCCGGGUGCAGAGUGUGGAACAGAUAAGGGAGGUGGCCUCGGGAGCAGCUCGGAUCAGAGGAGAAACUCUCGGCCUCAUUGGAUUUGGUCGCACUGCGCAGGCAGUUGCCGUUCGAGCCAAGGCAUUUGGAUUCAGUGUGAUAUUUUACGACCCAUAUCUGCAGGAUGGGAUAGAGAGGUCUCUGGGCGUCCAGCGAGUCUACACACUCCAGGACCUACUAUAUCAGAGUGACUGUGUAUCUUUGCACUGUAACCUUAAUGAACAUAAUCACCACCUUAUCAAUGACUUUACGAUUAAGCAGAUGAGGCAGGGCGCAUUCCUAGUAAACACAGCACGCGGCGGGCUUGUGGACGAGAAAGCCUUAACUCAAGCCCUGAAGGAAGGAAGGAUACGAGGAGCAGCGCUUGAUGUGCAUGAAUCAGAGCCAUUUAGUUUUGCUCAAGGCCCAUUGAAAGAUGCUCCUAAUUUAAUUUGUACUCCACACACUGCUUGGUACAGUGAGCAGGCAUCCUUAGAGAUGAGAGAGGCUGCUGCUACUGAAAUCCGUCGCGCAAUCACAGGUCGCAUCCCAGAAAGCCUAAGAAACUGCGUGAACAAGGAAUUCUUUGUCACAUCAGCCCCAUGGUCAGUAAUAGAUCAGCAAGCACUUCAUCCAGAGCUCAAUGGUGCCACAUACAGAUAUCCACCUGGCAUGGUCAGUGUCGCACCUGGAGGGAUUCCAGCAGCAAUGGAGGGCAUCAUACCUGGAGGCAUUCCUGUUACCCACAAUCUUCCAACAGUGGCACACCCUUCCCAAGCUCCAUCUCCUAACCAGCCCACAAAACAUGGGGACAACAGGGAGCACCCUAAUGAGCAAUAGCAGCUAAUUCAAAAAUUAUUCAAUAAACUUGGGACCAAGAGACAUUGGAAAAAAGUUAUACAGGAACUAAGAAAGGAAUUUGAUACAAUAUUUGUAAUGUUGAUUUUGGACAGAUGCAUCAUUGAUGUUCCAGUAUUAAACUACAAUGCGAUAGCAGUCAAGACUGGGGAGAAACCCUGAAGAAGUCACCUGCUUUACUGAAGUGCUGACAACUAGGAUAAUAUACAUUAAUGAUCAGCUUCGGUUACUGUGUGUUAAGUUUCCUUCAUCUGUGCAUCAGUCACAAGAAUAAAAUAGAUUUCCCCUUCUCAGCCCUUGGGAAUAGCAGGGCCUAUUCACCUGUAUUUACAGCAAUGCCUCAAGCAAACCGUAAGAAAUUUAAGAGGAAACCAUCAUGUGGCUUCAGCCUUUUCUUUAUUCACUUGUCCGGUUACCUCUUUUUACAGGAGGAGAAAAUACUGGCCUAGAGCUGAGAAGAAAACAAAUGUCUUGGUGCAGUCCUAGCUGGCCAGUAAUAUACAUUGAAAGUUCUCUUUAUAAAGUUUAAUUAUAGCCAUUCAGGCCAGGAAGGUUAGGAUGGGGGGGGAAAGGUGUCAGAGUUAAAUAGCUCCCCUCCUAUCACAUGAAAGAAAGGUUUCUCUCAUCUGACCGACACACUGAAUAAAGUAGCUGUAAAUUCAGUAUGCCCCCCUCAGUGAUGCAAAAAAAAAAAAAAAGUAUUGAGUUUCACACACUAUUUGUACUCAAAUAUAUUUUCUCAGUUUUAAAUCUGCAGCUAUUUUAUUGAGUGCAAAUGUCUUGAGCUGGAAAGGGUUCAAGAAAAAUAAUGUUGCAUUUCCUUAUGUCUCAGGAAACACUUUUUAUGGUAACUUGUCAGACUGUCUAUGAACAAAACCCACUUUUUUAGACAUUGAUAAGAGUCUUCUUUUCUUCACGUGAUAUUUUAUACAAGGACACUUCAAAAAUGUGUUAUUAGAUGUGACUGAUUUUAACAAAUCCUAUUAGAUUUGUAUCAACUAGUUACAUGUUAUAUUCAUAGUCUUUUGUGAAUCAUCGCCUUUUUGUUUAAAAAGAUGGCCUGUUUUGAGCCUUUGUAUGGGGGGAGGGGGGGUAACAUUCCUGUUUCUGUGACAAAAAAAAAUCUUAAACUAUCCCAAACAAAGAACAAUGGCUAUCAGAAGAAUGUUUUGUUUUAGUGUGUUACCGUUAUUGUAUUUGUUUAUUGUGAAGGUGGACAUUUAGCGUUCAGUGCAGUUUUCAAUAAAAAGUGAUAAAAUUUCUAUAAUUUCUGAAAUGUAGAGCCCUCAAUGCAAUUUUAAUAUGGUUAAAAAUAGAAACCCUUUGAGAAUGUAAAGUAAGUUAUGCUGUUAUGAUCACAUGUAUUAGUACCCACCUCAUAAAAAGACCUCAUGGCUGCACAACUCACAGUGAGGUAGGGCAGAUCUUCAGCUGCUGUAAAUUGGCAAAGCUCUAUGACAGUUUACACCAGCUGAGGAUCUGACCCUAAAUUUCUACUCCACAUGUAGAUAUUUAUAAUUUAGAAAUGCUGGAGAAACUAAAUUUAACCUUGCUGAUUCCUUAGUCAGUUCAGUUUUAGAAAAACUUGCCUAUGUUACCUUCUGCCCCAUGACUUUUUAUUUUUCAGAAAAAUAGGCACUUUGGAUACAUACCUCGCUAAUAUUUAAAUUCUGUGCAACUUUCAUUUAACCUACAUAUUCAAGAAACUCACCAUCAUGAAUACUGUGCUUUAAGUUUCUGGAGAAUCAAGUUUAAGCCUGACUGAGCACUAGGCAGCUUCAAACUUCACUGCAUGGAGGGCCCAUCCUUGUAUUACUGCAGUGCCCUUUUAAAAUGAAUCAAUGCCAACAUCAGCUUGAAUAGAUGGGGCAAAUAACGACAUGGGAAAAAACAACUGAAACCAAAAUUUCUAGUAGUUACAAAACUGUAUUUUUGUUUGUUUUAAAUUAAAUGGAAAGCUAUUUACCAGCUUCAAACAUGUUACAAAGAGGUCACAUUUCAUAGCUGUGUGACUAUCCUUUUGUCAAUGAUCUAACAGAGCAAGUAUGAAUGAUUAUCCAUAAACACCAGCAUAGAGAAAAACCAGGAGAAUAAAACAGGUUAGUCAGAGAGGACAUUUGGGAAACACGAAAAUGGAAGAUAAAACAUUUAAUUCAUGUUGUCAAGGUUUGAAGUGACUAUUUUUGGUACUAUCAUAGUUUUUUAAAAUAAGCAGUUGCAUUUCAGGUGAGUGUAAAUACUGUUCUAUGAAAAGGAAUAAUUCAUGCCAGUGGUUCCUAGUGCAUCCAUUGCCAGCAGUGGAUUUUGAAUCAGGAAAUAAGAGUCCUGGGACAAACCUUGCAGAGAAUGGUAGAUGCUGUAUGCUUUCAUCCAGUACUUAUAAAAAUAAGACUAGAUGCAAAUCAUAGCCAACUUAGACAAUAGCUUCCACUUAGGUUUUACAGUUCAACAAGAACUACAAAUGAAUUUAAAAAAUCCAAAUGUUACUAAGUAUCAUAACAACAAGCUUCAGGUUAAAAACAACACUACUUGUGGGGUUGUGACCAGUACAGAGGGAUUCAACUGUCUGUAAUACAAACACCAACAAAAUAUGCAAGGAGUAGGUCACAUGGAGAAGGAGAGAAUGUGUAUCCAGCCUGACUUGAUGUAUUCCUGGGUCCAAAGCAAUGUGACUGUAGUAUGGCCAAGUGUUUUUAGACAGAAAAGUUAGUCUGCAAGGGGAAGGGAGAGAAAUGUAUGCCAGAUAGCUGCUGCUCAAGAUUUGUGCCUUUUGCUUUACUGACAAACCAAUUUACUGCUGCUUUUGUACUAAUACAAGGAAGGGUGGGGGCCCUUCCAUCAAUCAAGGAUAACAUGAAGCAGUUCAUACAAGUAACAAAAAUGUGACUUUU